AUGAGAGCUGCCGCCGCCGCCGCCGUAGGUGCUGUAGCCUGCACAUUCGUUUUGACUGUGAAUGCAUUGUAUUCAGCAAGCGAUGUAAUAAAAUUAACUUCAAUAAAUUUCAACGUUGAAGUGAUUCAGAGUGACAACAUGUGGCUGGUACUGUUCUACAUUCCUUGGAAUGAACAUUGUCAGCGCAUGGUUCAGGAGUGGAAGAAAACAGCAACUGCUUUAAAAGGUAUUGUUAAAGUUGGUACAAUUGAUGUGGAUAAAUAUGGAUCAAUGAGAUGCCAGUAUGGAAUUGAAAAAAUUCCUGUCAUCAAGAUCUUUGCAGCAAACAAGAACAUGCCAGAAGAAUAUAACGGUAGAAAGACAAGUGAAGCCAUUACAAGUGGAAUCCUUAAAUCCAUACAGUUCUUAGUCAAGAAGAGACUGAAAUGUGGAUCCAGAAAAAAGUGUACAGGAUCAGUCAACGAUAUGUUUGCAUUGAACGAUAAUAACUUCGAUGAGCAUGUGGAAUGCAGUGAUGAAAUAUGGAUGGUGGAGUUCUAUGCACCCUGGUGUGAACACUGUAAAAGUCAAGAGCCAGAGUGGGAGAAUGCAGUCAGUGAAGUAAAAAGGCGAACUAAGGGGAAGGUAAAUCUUGCAUCUGUGGAUAUUACAGAAAAUAAUGGGUUAGCCAGUCAAUAUGGGAUUCAAGAAGUACCAAUUAUUAAGAUAUUCCAAAAGGAUCAAGAACCUGUAGAUUAUGACAGUGAAAAAUCUACAUCGGACAUAAUUUCAAAAGCACUUGAUCUUUAUGCAAAUAUGGCACCACCUAAGUUGAUAGAGCAAAUCCUCAAUGAAAAUAUCUUUAAAGCAACUUGUGAAGAUCAACUAUUAUGUAUUAUUUCAGUGUUACCUGACAUUCUUGACACAGGGGCUAGUGGUAGAAAUCGUUAUUUAAACUUAAUGAUGAAAAUGGCGGACAAGUACAAGAAGAACCAAUGGGGCUGGCUGUGGACAGAACCUGGAGCUCAGCCUGAGCUAGAACAAUCUUUAGGAAUUGGAGGCUUUGGGUACCCUGCCAUGGCAGCUAUGAAUGCCAAAAAAACAAAAUAUGUACUUCUGAAAGAUUCAUUCAGUGACCAGGGAAUUGAUAAUUUUCUUAGGAAACUUGCCAUCGGACGCAUUAUUGCGACACCAAUCAAUGGAAUUUUUCCCAAAAUGAAUACAGUGGAACUAUGGGAUGGUAAAGAUGGAGAAUUGCCUGUAAAGGAUGACCUCAGUGACGUAGAUAUGGAUGACGCAGAACCAGAUGACUGAAACACAAUCUCUGUCCAAAGAGUUCAGCUAUUGGGGGUAUGAAUACUAAAGUACACCUUGAACCUCUUUCAUAUCCACCAUUUUCUUCCGGAGACUUUUUUUAAAAAAAGAGAGAUGGAUACAUUUACAAAUGGAGACUUAUUAAAAUGUAUAAUGCUUUGAUAAAACACUGAUAGGUAUCAUACGUGAUAUGACAGAUUUUGUUGACCUUUCCCACAAAAUAACAGCUACCUAACCAUGAUACUGUAUGAAAAAUGACAUUAACAUCUGAAUUUUGUUAUCAGUUCAGAUCUUUUGUAAUGUGCAGCAAUUGUGCCCAUAUAAAAAGCAAUAAUAUUAACAAAAGUUGUAUUCUAUACUGAAGUAUUGUUGUAGCUG